UUAAUGGAAGCCCUGCUCAACCUUCUGAGCCACAGCCACCUGUGCUGCGGGGCACAUGUAGUAUAUUUAGUAUGUUUUCAACAACAAGCUACAGGCCUUUUAAAAGCAGUCCACAGGCCAUGAUUGGCGCACAGGCCGAACUUUGGACAUGCCUGUCAAGAUGUAGGGGCCUAGAUAUAUGAAACACGUUAAAUAUAACUGAAUAGUGCUUCACUUGCCCAUCUCAUUUUCCAGUGUCGUCACUGUGCUCUUCUUCCAGGCCCCAAGAUGGCAACCUUGUCAUAAAAUAGUGCCCUUUGUUAGCUAAUGUUAGUCAUUGAAACAUGGUUUCAAAACACACCUCCCUACUGAUAGCUUGAACAUCAUAGGAGAGUACACAUUGUUUAUAUUUCACAAUCAGAUCUUAAUUUCACAUUGUAAUAGGAGACUCCCCAAAUUCAAUAAAGGAUGUAAAAGCACAGUAGAGAAAUUAAUCAGUCAAAGGCACAAAACAGCAGAGACUUUUCUUUUGAUUUAGAGUUGACUGAAGUUGGGGAAAUUUAAAGGUAUAUUGUGCAGGAUCUCCCUAAAAGAUGAUGUAUAUACUCAAAAAAAAAAGUAAUCCCUCUGAAUCGUCACAUACGGCCCAAUAGAAGUGUGUGCCACUGUAUUUAUCUGUCUCUGCCCUCUGCCUGUAGUCUUUAUUUUCCAAGAGGAAACUAUAAAAAUGGCGGACCCAACAUCAAAAAAUGCAAAUUGUAGGAACUGAAAUGCCAAGUGCAUAUAGCUUGGGUUGACUUUUACUUUAAUAGCCAACAAUUCCUGCAUAGUCUAUCUUUAAAAUCACGAGGAAGUUGGUUUCAAUGAUGUUUAGCACAGCAGCUAAAAGCAGCUUCACCCUAAUUGGUUCUGACUCGAGGGAAUACCAUGACAGGUUCCUGAGGAUCUAAGAAACCUUCUGGGUUUAUGUUCAUCAAGCAGAUGGGCACAUGAUGUACCUAAUUUAGUGAUUAAUUAAAGGCACUCGAACUCGAAAACUCAACUUGUCAAAAAAAAAAAGUUGUUUGUUUAAGCCGCCUUAGUAUACAGAUAGAAAUCCAGGCCAUUUCUAAUAAAAUAAGUGAUACUUUAUCAGUAAUGCAUCAUGUUGCAUCAAGUUUUGCACCGUUGGGUCCAAAGUAGAUAAGGUAGAACAUGACAGUUUGUGUAGACAGGGACGGGCGGGCGGAGGAGAAAAGAGAGGCAGAGUGCUCCAUGCUCGGUAGAUAGAUGAAGGAAGAGCGAGCAGAAGGCAAAUUAAUCAAAGGACAUCAAAGGCAAAUGGGUUGAGGGAGCGAAGGAAUGAAAGAGUGCCGCCCGUUUGUCCCAUGCCGUUCCCGCUCCGCUCCGCCUGAGCCUUCUCUCAGAUCUCAGGGCCAUUGUGCCGCACGGGUGCAUGGAGGGGGCUGGGGCACAAUGCACACAACAAAACAUACACACACUAACAACGUCUGAAAGCUUCAAAAGGAAGAUGUGUAAUUUUUCUGUCUUGUCAAACUCAAACUCCUCUGUAUUCUGUUUCUGAAUCUUGUUUUAGUUUCUUGUCCUUGCACAUGUACCAUUUCCUGCAGUUUUAUUCACCAUCAAUUCACCGGCCGCACAAACUUUAAGUGGAACAUCAACAACACACUGUCACACACUCUCUAACACGUACUGUAUGUUGUUGUCAGUGUGAACUCAGUGCUGGCUUGUGGCAGCAGUGGACGGCUCUCUUUGAUAAUGCCCCGCUAGAUUCAGCCGCCACUCUUUUUAUCGUUCAGCCAGUUAGUUGGCUCAAAGUUGACUCCAAUUUGUGCUUCUCGUUUGGGUUCCUGGUUGGCACAGACUUCUUUCUGUGUCCAUGUAGACUGUGACCAUGCCCCUGUCUGUUGCCUGCGGAUGUACAGAACAUUUUGUUUAAACCAGUUUUAUACUCUCUAUCGCUCUCUGCAGAGACUUUUUCAAUCCAUUGCUGUGGUGUAAUAUGCAUCAUUAGAAUCACACCUGGCUUUGUGUUGUGGGAGAGAAAAGUGUGUCCUGAAGUGUGCAGAUGCUUUUCAUUUCAUUUAUUUAUCUAUACAGGAAAGGAAUUAAAAGUAACAUUGUGUGCUACAGUUAAAACUGGCCCAACUCAGUUAAAAACUUGUUUUCAGGAGCUUCCUGUUAAGCAACAAAAACACAUUACAAUACAAAAUGAAUGCAGAAACAAUCAGCAAAGGCAAAACAACAAAACGCAGGCAGCUACAUAGACACUGCAGAGUAGCAGACUGAAGUGAAGUGAGUAAAAUAAGAUAUGAGAUUUAAAUCGGUGGUUGCAGGUAUGUCCUUCCUUCAGAUAGUGUCUGUAUGCGUGUUUGAAAUGUAUAAUAGAGGUUAUUGCUCUAAUGUGGUGGGGGAUCUCGUUCUAGAUCUUAGUGUAAGUAUGAGAAAAUGAUCUCUGACUAUAAUUGUUUUGGUACAGGAAUAAGAGGAUGCGAAAUUGAUCUGGUGACGUUAAAGUGAAAGAAUCUGUUCUAAGCAAACUUGCAUAACUGAUUUUGAUACAUUUUAUUUUAUUUCUUUUGUAUCUAACCUUUAUUUAAGCAGGAAUAUUCCCACUGAAAUUCAAAAUUUCUUUUACAAGGGAGUCCUACAUUACAUAUAGGCAUAUCUUGCAUCCUCUAGCACACACAAACCCCACUGUUUUGGUUUAAUACACACUCUUUACAGACAAAAUUUGAGAUUCUUUGAUGCAGAAUUGCACUUUGAAAUCAUAAAAGUUUUAAAAUGUAAAGUUUGACUUUGUCUCUCUUUCUCUACAUACAUUUAAGGUGAAAUUUUUAAGCAAUCCUAGCUUUUAGUUACAUUAAGCCUUAUUAGAACAGUGGGUUUUACUUCAUUUUUUGUAUUUAACCUUUACUUUACCAGGAAUAUUCCCUUUGAGAUUCAAAAUUUCUUUCACAAGGGAGUCCUGCAUUAUGUAUUGGCAAAUCUUGCAUCCUCAAGCACACACAAACACCACUAUUUUGGUUUAAUACACAGUCUAUACAGACUAUACCAAACAAAAUUAAAAGAUAAUUCAAUGCAGAAUUGCACCUUGAAUGCACAUAAGUUUUAAAAUGUAAAGUUUUACUUUGUCUCUCUUUCUAAAUCUCCAUUUCUCCACAUACAUAAAGGUGAAAUGUAUGAGCAAGCCUAGCUUUCUAUUUACAUUAAGCAUUAUUAGAACAGUGAAUGGUCAUAAAGCUUUACAUGUUCACUGUGAUUCUCACAUAACGUUGUUUGAGCUCAUUUUUGGCGGAUGUAAGGAUUUAGUCGUAUAUCAGCUUUCCUAUAAAAGCACUAUAAAUGUGGAAGAUAUACUAUAUCUUUCUGAUUAAAUAAACAUUUUGGCUGACAGUCUGUAUGUCAGUUUUACUUAUACUUUUGUAGCCACACUAAAAAGACACAACCAAAAACUUGACAAUAAAUGCAAGAUGCUAAAACAAAAAAAAAAGUUUCAGUUUUCUCCCAGACUUUAAAAAUACAUCAUGUUCAUAAGCACUUUUUUUUUUACUGUAUCUUUAUGUAACAAAAGCAGAGUUCAGCAGAGAAAGACAAAAGUGAUGUGAACUGACAAUAUUUUAAUGGGGGGGAUAAAAGACUGUAAGUGAUCAAUGGAGGCGGCGGCCAAGUGAUGCCCGGGGGACGGCUUUGAUGUGGGCAUCCUCAGAGGGACGCCGGGGACAAUGCCCCCUUUGAGGGGCAUGCAGAAUGGCAGACACUUCCCUCUCUCUGGCUCUCUCACACUCUGUCACUCAACCUCCCUCCAUCUCCUGCUCGCUCCUCUCACUCACGCUGCGACUCCUCACUUCAGAUGCUCGCAGACGUCUCUGUGGCUCUGCAUUCCUCUGCCCCAGUGUCACAUCAGCCCAUAUCCUUAUCUGCAUAACUUUCUCCCUCUUCCUCUCACAUUAAUUAAUUCAAACAACACCCCCUUUCCUGCCGUCCAGCCAAUGACUCCGCCUUCCCCUCCUCCCCCCUCCCUAUCUGCAUCUCCCUUUCCCUCCCUCUGUCUCUUUUCAUAGAACCAAACCUCUUUGUGAUGUCCAGCCUUGGCAAGUUGCGCCUGAUUUGCUGUCACAGUCUUAAUGAAUUCAUCUGUUUGUGUAUUGGCCAUGGGAGCAUUUCUCCCUCCUCCCUCCCCUCUCCCCCUCACUCUUUCCUAUCCUCUCCCCCCCUCCCUCUUACUGGUGUUCCCCUGGGGGCUCUAUAUAUACCAGGGACCACUCCAGGCACCUAUUGUUCCUCUAAGUAAACUUACAGACAGAUGCCCUGCACCACAGUGUGGGAGAGAGCCCAGAGAGUCAGGAGGAGGGAGACAGUUACGGAUUGCAGAGAGCAACCAGACAGUUAGUAAACACUGCAGGCUCGCCUCGCCUCCAGCACCUCUGCAUCCUCUCCGGUUGUUCCGCGUGUCUCCUGCCUGUUCGCUUGUUGUCACUGUGGAGUGGAGGUCUGAUGCUCUGACACCAUGCUGCUGCUGAUAUCACUGCUGCUUACGGGACUGGACUGCUUGCUGGGAGCCCCGACAGGUCGAGAGGUUUACAGGAUGCCCCAGAGUGCGCUCAAAGCUCUGUCUGAUCGUGGCACUGUGGUUCUAGAGGCAGCCAUGACGAGUGCCCUGUCCGCCCUCGAGCGCGCAUCAUCUGAGAGAAGUCGGGCUGAGGCCGGCUGUCGGGGCUGUGUUCCCUGUCUGUUUCAGGACUGUGGACAGCUGUCUGGCUCCUGUUCAUCUCCUGCCAAUGCCUUAUCAGAGCCCAACUGUGAUGUCAUCAGUAAAGCCCAGAAGCUCCAGGAUGAGGCUGAGCGGAGCUGGGCUCUGAGCCAGGCCUGUGCGUACUAUCAGCACCGCUGCCCAGCUGGUGAACUUGACAAAGAGAGCUGCAUCAGGAUCAUGGGUGAGAGCUGCAGUGCCCGUGUCCUUCAGUGCAGCCUGCUCAACACGAUGCAGAAUCUGGAGCCUGCGACACAGACGCGUGCUCAGGCAGCAGUGUGUGGUCAGAGGUCAUCCACGGUGCAAAACAUCACACAGCCUCGCUCACGGAUUGUGGGCGGGUCGCCUGCUCCUCCAGGCAGCUGGCCCUGGCUGGUCAACCUCCAGCUAGAUGGUGGUCUGAUGUGUGGAGGGGUCCUGGUGGACAGCUCCUGGGUGGUCACUGCUGCUCAUUGUUUUGCUGGCAGCCGAAGUGAGAGCUACUGGACAGCCGUGGUGGGGGAGUUUGACAUCACUAAGUCUGACCCUGAUGAGCAGGUCCUCAAAGUGAAUCGCAUCAUCCCUCACCCUAAGUUCAAUCCAAAGACAUUUAACAACGACAUAGCCCUGGUGGAGCUGACAUCCCCAGUGGUCCUGUCCAGCCGUGUCACUCCGGUGUGUCUCCCCUCUGGCAUGGAGCCCCCUACUGGCAGUCCAUGUCUGGUGGCAGGCUGGGGCUCCCUCUAUGAGGAUGGCCCGUCUGCUGACGUGGUAAUGGAGGCCAAGGUGCCCCUGCUGCCUCAGAGCACCUGUAAGAGUGCGCUUGGCAAAGAGCUGGUCACCAAUACUAUGCUGUGUGCCGGGUAUCUUUCCGGAGGCAUCGACUCCUGUCAGGGGGAUUCUGGAGGCCCCCUGAUCUACCAGGACCGAAUUUCUGGUCGGUUCCAGCUCCACGGCAUUACCUCCUGGGGAGACGGCUGUGGGGAAAAGGGCAAGCCUGGAGUCUACACACGGGUGUCUGCUUUCUCUGACUGGAUUCAGGCUGAGAUAGAGAAGUCUUUUGGAAGCAGGGAGCCAACAUGUCCGGAGCUUCUGAAGACAACAGACAUGACAGAGGAGGAACAGAGGUCAGAGUUCAGCUCUCUGUGUCGCUUCUAUACCCUGACCUGCCCUGCUGGUCAGUCUGCCAGCGCUUGCAGCCGAAUGGCAGAGGACAAGUGCCUCACCCGCUUUAAGAAAUGUCAGUUGCGUUCGUUCCUACAAACCCUGCUGGACUUGCUCCAGAGGGCCGAGGACUACAUCCGGGACAAAGUCGACUUGACCUUCUUCACCCAGACGCUGCCUCAGCUGGUGGAGCACAUCUAUAGCACAGCUUUCAUCCACACCAGGGACAGGAGGGACCUGAGCCACGGUCUCUUACAGGUUAAAGAACAGCUAGGUGGAGCUCUGGGGCCAACAGAGCAGGAUGCGUCUCCAGCUCCCCCAGCCUUAUUUAGAGAGGUGGGACCAUCAGUGGGUGACUGGGAGAAAUACCUGAGGAACAUGGCUGAGGACCUGGACAAACAACACACUGACACAUCCACAGAGUCCACACCAACAAGACAGGAGGACAAACUUUUCUUACAGACAGAGGACUCCUCGGUACAUCAGCUAGAGGGAGAACUGCGAUCUGUUAUCUCAGCUUUGCGCUCCAAACUGUACACCCGAGCUGCUCCUCCCAUCCUGCACCUGGACACAAGCUACCUCCAGGAGGAUUCUCCCAACAGUCCCCCUUUAACUACUUCAUCCACUGGAGCACGGGACCACACUGACCGCUCCUCCUCCUCCUCACAGGAACCCCACGAGCCUUGGUCCCUUCUGUCAGCCCUGAUGAUUGAAAUGCAGAAAUUAAGCGCACAGGAUGAAACUGGUACAGAAGAUGUGUCACAAAGUGAAACUUCUCCUGAUGUUAACUGGAGUGCCACAUCAGAGGAGUUUGCUUUUGUUGAGAAUGAAGACAGAACAGAAUCAAAAUCCUCAGCGUUGCCGCUUCUGGUGCAGCCAACAACUAACGUUCAACCGGUCACGGAGCGCGCUCACACAGAGACUUGUGACCCCAAACAAGCUGCGCAUGUUGCAAAGACAUUGAGUCUUCACAGAAAAUAUCGGAGCCUUCUUCGCAAGAGGCAGAUACCUGGGGCCGGUGGGAAAGUUUGUCCUGGAGUGAGAGAGUCAUCACAACAAGUCAGCCAAGUCAGAGACUCGUACAGCUGGGUCUUAAACAUCCCAGGCAAGAACCUACGCAUGAACUUCCAAGAGGUUUUAGUUGAUCUGAGCUCCAAGAACGAUCGAGGACUUUACCAAGCGCGAGUCAGAGCUGUAGUGGGAGGACGACCUUUGACAUUCUACAGUCUUGUGGGCCUGGAGAAUGAGUCAUUCUACCGCAGUGUGCCAAGGAUCAUCGCUUUGGCACUGGAGGCACUCAAGACUUAAUUUUAUCAAAACAGCAAGUGAGAUGACAUGACACACAAAAGACUCAUGUGAGAGACGACAGCACAGACACUCAAAAAAGAGACCUCGUCAUGGGACAGAGAGACGCACACAAAAUGCACACUCACUCAGACUUUACUUCCUCUGCCGUCUCCUGUGAAAACCACUAUUUUGCUUCCCCCAUCUGAGAGCUGGACUUUGGCUCUAAAUGAAAACACAACCACGAAUGUAUCAGUCCAACUAUCGCCCACACAUCAUGCCACAGGAUGUUUUUUUUUAUGUGGUUGGAGAUGCAGCCUUGUCUAACUUAUGAAUCUGUACAAAAUAAGUUAUUCAUAUUGUCUUUUGCAAAGGUUGAGCCUCUUGUGAAGCACACAGACUGUAUAUAUUAUUCCUAUA